AUGUCCCUGGCUAAUUGUCAGUAUGGCUACGACACGGCAACAGUUGCUGGCUUUCAGGCCAUGGUGGGCUUCCUUAAAGUCUACGGAUACGAAGAUCCCAAGGCCAAAAUUGGAUGGAAUAUCGAAACGGUUCCACAGCAGCUCAUCAGUUCCUUCCUCCAAAUCGGCACCAUCAUUGGGGUACUGUUGACUCACUUCUUUGCUCGUUACUAUGGACGAAAACCUGCAAUUUGGGCCGCCUCGCUUGUAUCCUUCGUGGCAGCAGGCCUUCAAGUUGGCACUGAGAAUCUUAUUGGACUCUACUUUGGUCGUCUGCUGAUUGGUGCAUCGAAUGGCUUCUUUAUUACCUUUGCCAACAUUUACACCGCCGAAGUUAGCCCUUCCCACCUUCGUGGUGGCAUUGUGUCUUUCUUUGGAAUCUGGGUCAGCAUUGGUAUCAUGAUGGGAGCCGUAGCUAACCAAUUUUCCAAAUCAUACGACAGCAAGCUCUGCUACCAAAUUCCAUUAGCGAGCCUCUUCGCCAUCCCUACCGCCUUGAGUAUUCUGAUGUUCUUCAUCCCCGAGUCUCCGAGAUGGUUGCUGGUCCAUGGAAGAUCAGAAGAAGCUCACCGUGCUCUCACGAUUCUACGAGGAUCUUCUUUCAGAGAGAACCCGGCACUGCUGGAGGAGGAAUUCCUCGAAAUGAAGAGCGGCAUUGAGCGAGAGAGAGAGUUGGCCACUGCCUCAUCCUUCCUCGAUAUGUUCAAAGGUAGCGAUCGACGGAGAACAUUUCUUUGCUGGGCUGUGGUCUUGUCGCAUUCAUCCUCUGGUAUUUCACUCAUCGUUGCAUAUGGGACUUUCUUCUUCCAAAUGGCUGGCGUUGAGAACCCAUUCGUAGCGACCAUCCUGAAAUCUUUUAUGGGUCUCGUCGGUGUCGCGAUCGGCAUCUACCUGUCAUACAAGAAACUAGGGAGACGAUCUAUGAUGCUUAUUGGCCAUUCGACUUCGGCUGUAUUCAUGGCCGGCAUGGGCAUUGCACAAUCGGUUGCUCCAGGAACCAAAGCCGCCGGUAAAGCGAUCGUAGGUUGUGCGCUCUGCUACCACUUCUUCUACAAUGGUUUCUCAGGCGCUCAAAGCUAUCCCGUCGCAAAUGAGGUGGUGAGCUCAAGACUGAGAGUCAUUUCUGUCGGAACAGCUACAGCUAUCAACAUGGUGUUCGCGUGGUUAACCGCCUUCACGAUGCCGUACUUUAUCAACAGAACCGAGUUGAACUGGGGCGCAAAGAUCGGCUACGUAUGGGCAGGAUCUAAUGCCGUUACCUUCAUCUUCCUCUACUUCUUCCUCCCGGAGAUGCGGAACCGCACACUGGAGGAGAUCGACGAAUUAUUCCAGGAGCGAGUUCCAACCCGCCAGUUCGCAAAAUACCAAUGCGUUUCGACUGAGAGGGCAAGAGAGCAAGUCAUCCAAAACGUGAAAAUGCAAGAAGAAGAAGCCGGUGUGACUGGAGAGGAGAAGACCCUCGAGGUCGAGCAUCGUGAGCUCAAGGCAUGA